AUGAUGGAAAAAGAGUGGGUGUGGCUCCAUGGAUCCACCCUCGAGUACCAGCAAAAAGCAUUACAAUUUGUAGAGACAGCUGAAAAGAAUUUGGGAUUUCCUACAAGGAUGUUCUGCCCUUGCACGGAAUGUCGUAAUAUGAGCCAUCAAGAUGAAAGUACUAUUUUUGAACACUUGGUUACAAAGGGGAUGGAUCUUUCGUACCGAAUGAAAUCACAUUGGAAUAAGCAUGGAGAGAAACAAGAAAGUGGUGAGAAGCUUGAUUAUGAAGCCACUAAGGACGAGACAUAUAACUUAUUCCAAGCUGCCUACUUUAUGGAUGAAGAACUUGUCCAGCCUAUACCUAUUAAUGAACCUACUGAACAUGGACAUGGUGACGAGUUCAUGAGGAGACUACAAGAAGCACAAACUCCUUUGUAUCCAGGUUGUGAAAGUUACACAAAGUUGUCAGCCAUUGUAGAUUUGUAUGGACUCAAAGGUAAGAGUGGAUUAUCAAGUAAACAUUUCAAUGAGUUGUUAGAUAUCAUUCAACGUAUGUUGCCAAAGGACAAUGUUUUGCUAGAUUCAGCCGCCUCGAAUAAAAGCUUCCUCAAGAUAUUUGACAUGGGGUAUGAAAAGAUUCACGCUUGUGUGAAUGAUUGCUGUCUCUUUAGAAAGAAGUAUGAGGAGAUUCACGCUUGUGUGAAUGAUUGCUGUCUCUUUAGAAAGAAGUAUGAGGAACUGGAUAACUGUCCAAAAUGUGGUGCUUCAAGAUGGAAGAUAAAUAAGCGUACUAAAGAAAUCAGAAAAGGUGUUCCAGUUAAGGUUUUGAGAUAUUUUCUUAUUAUUCCUAGAUUUAAAAGGAUGUUCAGGUCUUCACAAAUGGCUACAGAUUUGAGAUGGCAUUUUGGUAACAAAGCACUGACGGGAAAAUGCGUCACCCUGUUGAUUCUUUAG